AUGGAGGAGAUGAGCAAGGAGCUGGACGACCUGCGGGCCGAGGUGGAGGCGCUCACCGCCCAGCUCCGAGCCAAGUCCGACCUCGCCGACGGCCUCAAGCGCGCGGGCGCGGACCAGGCCGCGCGGCUGCGGGAUGCCCGGGCGGAGGCGGAACGCAAUGCGGCGGAGGCCGCGGCCAUGGCCGAGGAGGCGGCCGCCACCGGGGAUCGGUGCGGGGUGCUGGAGUCCAGGCUGGCCGAGAAGGAGCAGGCGCUGAGGCACCUCUGCGCGGCGCACGAGGCGCUCAAGGGCACGCUCCGGGAGAAGAUCGAGGGCCUCGAGGGCGACAAGAAGGGCCUCCUCGCGGCGCUCGAGGACGCCGAGGGGAGGCGCGUGGAGCACGAUGCCGCCCUGCGCGCGCGCGACGACGAGGUCGCGCGGGAGCUGGGGGCUCCUGUCAGAGAAGGACAGGAGGAGGAGAAGGCCGCCGUCGAGGGCAAGCUCAAGUGGAAGGCUGAGCAGUUCAGGCACCUCGAGGAGGCACUCAAGAAGGUUCAAGAUGACUUCAGGGCUGCCAAGAAGGAGUGGGGCUCAGAUAGAUCAACUUUGGUUAAUCGGAUUGGCACACUUGAGGCUGAUUUGGAUUCCAAGACCAGGGUUGCGGAGGAUUUCCGGUCGAGGCUUGAUAUGUGCAGCCAGGCAUUGGCCCAUGAGGAAGGUCGCAGGAAGCGGGUGGAAGCAGAGAUGUCUGAGUUGCGCCACAUGUAUGGCAAUGUGGUCUCUGAAUAUGAAGGGGCCAAAUCAAUGGUCGAGUCGUUGAGCUCCAACACGGAUGGGGAGAUAGCAUCUUUGAGAAGCUCACUGGCUGAGAAGGCUACAUUACUCAAAGAAAUGGGAUACAGGAAGACACAUCUUGAACAAGAAAAUGAGGAUUUACGGUCAAGGCUCAAGGAGUAUCAGGAGGCACAGAUUGGUGGUGCAGAUGCUGUUGUUUCAUUGAAAAGUCUGCGGGAGAAGCUCCGAGCCUUGGAGCAGACACAUAGAAGUUGCACUGAGAAGCUACGAGGUAAGGAAGAAGAAUGGAGAUUGCAGAUGGCAAAGCUUGUGAAUGACUUGGAUGGACGCUUAUCACAGUUAGAAUCCAAAGAUAUUCUUAUUGGGCAACUGCAGAAUGAGUUGCUGGGUAGUUAUGGGUCCCUUGAGCUACAAAUAGUGGAGAACUGGGAAGCUUUGAUAAUUCUUACUGUUGUGCAGGCAAAAUUUCAUGAGCCCUGCUCAUUUGUUGAUACUGCUCAACUGAAUAUGCAGCAUCAUUGUGAAGAAAUUGAGAAGGAAAUUGCUUCUGCCAAGAAACAGUUAGAAGAACAAUCUUGCACUAUUGUCCAGUCUCAAGCUGAACAGAAACAACAAUCUGAGAUGCUGGAGAACACAUCAAGAGAUGCUCACUGCCUAAAAGAUGAAGCUUCAAAGAAGGAAAGCACCCUGCAGGAGAAAUUGAGGGAGGCAUUAAGUGCUCUUGAUGAAGCAAACUGUGCCCUUGCUAACAGGAAGACUGAGCUGAGCCAGUUAGAAAUCAAUCUCCAUCAUCAAAAGCAAGCAAUUGAGCAUUUGGAAAAACUGAAAAUUGAUUUGGAAACUGAAGUCGAAAGCUAUAUGUAUGACAACCGUAUCCUGAAGAGAGAUCUGGAUGCUGCUCUUGUUGCCAAAAUGGAAGCUGAGGAUUUCCUUAGACAAGAAAAGAUGAAGUUAAUAUGUGCUCUCGAUGAGGCAAAAUAUACCCUUUCUGAGAGGAACAGUGAGCUGACCCAGUUCGAGAACAAUUUUAAUCAGCAAAGGCAAGCACUGGAGAAUUUAGAGAAGGUGAAGGUAGAUAUGGAAACUGAACUCAAAACAUGUAUGGAUGAAAAUUGUGUACUGAAGAGAGAUUUGGAUGUUGAAAUUAUUGCCAAAAUGGACGCUGAGGAGUGUCAUACAAAAGAAAAGGAGGAGCUAUGUGGUAUAAUUAACGAGAAAGGAAUGAUGAUGGAUAAGCUUCAGCAAUACAUCACAGCGCUCGAAGAAGAAAACAUUGGCCAGAAACUUGAUUUGGGAAGUCUUAUCAAGAUGGAGUAUGAGAAGUCCAUUCACGAAGUGAAGAACAGGUACUCUGAAAUUGUUGAGGUCUCUGACAAAAAACUUUUGGAGCUGGAAGAAAGCCUUAGAUUCUUUGAGCAGAAAUUUGCAUGCAGGGAGCAGGAGCUCAUGAAAAUGUUUGAUCAAGAGGAAGCAGAUUGGUAUACACUAAUUGCAGAGAAAGAAAUUGCUAUUUCUGAUAUUCGACAAACUGUUGAAUCUGUUCAGCUUGACAUCAAGCACCUUCUUGAGGCUGCAGCAGCAAAAGUGGCAGAAGUUCAGCUAGAGGUGAAUCAGCUUUAUGGUUUUGCAGAAACUCUGAAUUCACUUAACGUCAUCCAAGAGCAUGAUACUGUUUUCAAGGAUAUGCUCAUUGCAGAGUGCGAAAGAGAACUUGACUCCCUGCUGGUGAAUUUAGUGCAAGAGAAGCAUCAGUCAAGAAAUUUGAAGAAUCUUAUUGAACAGCUGAAAGCUCAAACUGCUUCAGAAAUGUCAGAAAAGGCAAAGGAGCAUCUAGAAGUUACAACUAAGCUGAAAUCAUUGGAGGAAAGAAAUGAAACAUUAGAUGAGCAUCUGCGAGAGCUAAAGUCUAGAGCAACUGAUAUGUCUAAUGUUGUACUACAAGAGAGGAAUCAGUUGGUCGAUGAGCUGACUGGACUAACCAAUAUCAUUGGGGAGGUAAUUUAUGGAGGUGAAAGUAUGAUGUCAAAUUUGAGAAGGAUCAUGCAGAAAGUUAAUGAGGAGGAACCAUGCAAUGACAGGCUUACCUCAGAAAAAACUAAUGGUAGAAGUUAUGCACCUUUGAUCAGGAACAAAUCAGGGCAUGUCCUAGAUAGAAGGUCGCCUCUGAAGGAGCACAACUACUAG